AGCAGAACAAUGGAGGACGUGUCAGAGGUCACAAGAAGUCUGGGAGAGGUCGUCCUUGAGGCCACAGAGCACGAAGACCCGGUCAAGGCGUCCGCCGUGCUCGAGACGUUCACCAACGCGCUCGCCAAAUCGCGCGAUCCAAUCGUGCGCGAGGCGUUUAUCGAGUCGUGCUUGGACGUUCUCAAGCCGCGCGGUGACGAGCAGGACGCUGGUCGUCUCUCAGUGCUCGAGGACGCAGCGCUCACGGUCAUCCCUGCCUUCCUUCCGCUCGUCAAGACGUCGACGCACGCAAAGGAGGUCCUCGAUCUCAUCGCGGCGCACUCUGAGCCGCGCGAGGUCGUCCUCGCUCUCAACCAGCAGCUCGUGCACUUCACCGAGCUGGCCGACCCAUUCGCUGUCAGCGAUGACGAGGAAGACACGGACAUUGAAGACAAUGAGCUCGACUGGGAGUAUGCCCUGCCGCAGGUGGAGACGGUUUUGGACAUGUACGCGACUGCCCUUCCUCGCCUCAGGACGCAGCGCAGCACGCCGACGCUGCUCGCCCUCCAGGACUCGCUCACCCCGCUCAUUCAAGCUGUGCCCGCUACUGCGCCGGCCGAGCUCGCCGUCCCCAUCUCCCGCUCGCUCCUCUCCCGCACGGCCAAGAUCGUCACCGCGGGGUGGAACUGGUCGAAGACCACCACCGACGCUGGCGGCGAGCAGAAGGCGAUGCUCACCGAGGUCCUCCAAACCGCGAUCAUGAUCUUCGGGCCGUGCUCCGGAGCAGACCUCACGUCGCGGUGGUUCCUUGCCACGCACCCGCAGUUCAGCGGCCUCCACCCCGAGAUUGACGGACCGGAGCAGUGGGAGGAGGGUCAGGCCGUGCUCGACCAGUCAUUGGCCACUGCCACUUCCCUCGGGCUGGACCACUGGGAGCUGGUCGAGCGCAUCAUCAACACCUCGAGCGUCAAGCCGCACUCCUCAAUCUCGUCCUUGAUCCUCCUCGCUUCCACCCUCCCUGCGCUGGCAGCGAAGAAGGAGGAGUUCGCCCCCUCGAAGACAAUCAUUGCCGACGCGAUGCCGCUGUUGACUUUGGCUAUUGGAGGCAGUGCGCUGGAUGCUGGAACUGUCGUGACGUGGGCACUCAUCCAUGCCGCCCAGGCUGGAAGCGUGGUGCUCGAGUACGACCAGGCGACUUUCUUCAUUGAGCUCGUCAUGCCCCUUAUUCAGGUCAACUCGUCGCCUACCACCCGCCUUGCCAUGUCCAAGCUUCUGGGAGCAAUUCUGCUCGAGCCGUCGAACCCCUUCGAAGGUGUUCGCGUGCUUGCCAUCAGCCUUCUGCGCGAACAGAUUGCCUCCAAGGCGGGUCCCUCCCCUCUUCUGAACCCCACAUUGCUCGAACAGCUCGGCCCUAUUCUGUUCUCUGUCCCUGUUGGACCUCUGGACUGGCCGCUGAACGAUGUCAUGGCGUCGAUGUGGCCCGUGUGGUUGACGGAAUGCUCCAACCUUGUGUGGUUCCUCCUCCAGCGUGACACGGUCAAUGCGACUGGCUUUGCCGACCGUGAGCGCCUCGACGCGCUUCGCAGCGACUUCCUUGGGCCUGUCCAGAAGGCGGCCAACAAGUGGCAGACCGAUGCCGGCGACAACCCGAGCUUUGAGCUUGUCCUUGACCGACUGCAGGACGCUGUUGCCCGCGCGCUCAAGGCCUCCGAGGCCCCCGCUGCAUAAACUCGUCUCUGUCUGCAUAGUUUCCCAUCAUGUGUUUUAGUUGCAUAGAUAGUAAUGUCAAUGAAGAAG